AUGGAAGCCUUCUGCAAAACUUUCGAAUUCUCCAGUUUCGACACCGACAAAGGAGAACUGGAGAAAGUGUAUAAAUCUUGGGGUCUAAAUUUCUUCGCGCGCAAGGGAAUCAUGGCAGCCAGCACUCCUCUUUUCCGAAUCAAACAAUCCAGCAAAGACGCGACACAGUACUUCAUAAUCAGCAGGAGCGCCAGAAGCGGUCUGACGUCGUUCCGAAACUGCGAUGGACCUAUGAAGCUAGACGAGGAGUGCACCAUCUCGAGGCGAGACGGGAACCAAUUCAAAGCGACCUUGAAACUCACAGGAGACAACAUUCUAGAACAAACGAUGGUGCAUGAGAAAAACGAGAUCCCGACAAUGGUCAUUACAAGGGAGUUAAUAGAAGACGGCAAACUGAAGUUGACUGAAACAUGCGAAGGAAAUUCGGCCGCUAGAAUCUACGCUCCGGCUGAUCAGGUCGAGUCAAAGGAAGACGAGGAGCUCUGA